GGCGUUUGAAGGCAUAGGGAUUUGAUUUUGCAGGGCAUCAGUACCAGAACUGAGGCUGGAAUUUCAGUCAGUUUAUUUGCUGCAGACAGAGAAACGUCGAAGAGCUACCACUUAAAAUGGCCAAGAAAAACGUAAAAGGACCAGUUAAGAAAGAGGCUAAGCCACAGCAGGCACACAAGAAUGGGAAGAAGGCAGAGGUUGGAGGAGGAACCUCUUUCUUCACCUGGUUCAUGGUUUUGGCUCUGCUGGGUGUCUGGACCUCUGUAGCUGUGGUGUAUUUUGACCUUGUUGACUAUCAAGGGGUAAUCGCCAAAGCAAAGGACUUGCGCUAUAAUCUUUCAGAGGUAUUACAAGGUAAACUUGUAUCCUAUGAUGCUGAUGGCGAUGGAGACUUUGACGUGGAAGAUGCUAAAGUACUACUAGGACUGAAAGAUAAGCUCACCGUUGAGACCAGAGAAACUGUCCAGUCUGCCACCCCUGAACCUGUGGAAGAAGCUCUAGAUGCUAUUGUGGAAGAAGAGAUUCAAGCCUACGAAGCUGAAGAAGCAGCUCAGUCACCACCAGAAGCUGUGGAGGAGGAGCCUGUUGCUGAGGAGGAAGAACCACUGGCAGUAGAUGAAGAGCCUGUUGUUGCAGAAGAGGAAGUAACUGAAGAGGAACCAGAGGUUGAAGAAGACCUAGAAGUUCCUGAGGAGGAACCUGAAGUUAUCGAGGAAGAGCCAGAGCUCCCAGUUGAGAAACAGACUUUUGAGGAAGCAGUGGAAGAACUUGCAACUGAAGAAGAGGUCGUAGCAGUUGAAGAAGCAGUAGAGGAAGUAGCUCCUGUGGAAGAAGCAAUAGAGGAAGAGGCUGCUCCGGUGGAAGAAGCUGCUGAGGAAGAGGCUGCACCAGUGGAAGAGCCAGUAGAAGUGUUUGAAGAAGUUGUACCAGUGGAAGAAGCAGUUGAGUUGGAGGAAGAGGCUGCCCCAGAAGAAAAAGAAUCUGUGGAGGAAGCUGCACCGGUGGAGGAAGCUUUACCAGCAGAAGAAACUGCACCAGUAGAAGAAGCAGUUGAGGUUGAAGAAGAAGCUGUAGAGGAGGUUGUAGAAGCAGAAGAAGCUGUUGAGGAGCUUGAAUCGGUUGAUGAAGUUGAGGAAAAUUUACCAGUAGAAGAACCAGUGGAGGAUCUUGAACCGGUAGAAGAACCAGUGGAGGAAACUGAACAAGUAGAAGAAGCAUUUGAGGAACCUGAACAGGCAGAGGAACCAGUAGAAGAAAUAGUAGAAAUACCUGAAGAGGAAACCGAGGAGUCAGUCCCUACAGAAGAAACUGUAACGAAAGAGGAUGUUACAGAGGAAGUGGAUGAGCCUGUUCAGGAAGAAGAGGAAGAACAAGACUUUACAGAGGAGGAAGCAGAGGAGGAAGUUGAGGUUGAGGCAGAAAAUAUAGAAGAAGAGGAAUAUGAAGCUGCAGAGGAAGAGCAGAAUGAGGAGGACAUUCCAGAGGAUAUUAACCAAACAGAAGAAGAAAUUGAAGUAGAGCACACAGAAACAUAAAACACGGGACAGUGUGUAAGAUGGAGAAAGUACCAGCACCACAUGGCAUUCCACUGGAAGUUUGCAGCUGCCAAUUCAUGCCAUUGAGUAAAAUCAGAGAACACUCCAAUUACCCUUUCAUUUCCCCUGAAUUUAGUUUUUUUUGAGACUCAAGCCUGUUUGUUUAUUGAUGAUGCAGUACAAAUGUACAUUUUUGUGAAUGUUUUGUCAACUUUUGUUUGGUGGUUUGACUCUUAAACUUUUAUUUUCCUUUUCCAAAUCCCUUUUCAUUGUAAUUCCAGACAGCUUUUCUCCUCUAAACUCUUAACAUAGAUGUGAAGUAGCCAUUUUGUUGAACGAUCAUGGAUGAAAGUUUGAUUACAGUGUCCUAUCCUGUGUGUACAAACACAGUCAUGUUGCUUUGUAGCUCAGAGAUCUUCACAUUUUACAUCUCUCUCUUUCUCUCUCUGGUAAAUCCAUUUGCUUUAAUGUGAAGGUACUAUGCAAAGCUGCACUGAUCUUUUGCUAUUUUUUACCCUUAGGUUUUGUACUACCAAUAUGUAUUGAGUCUACAUUUCCAAUGUUGCAUAUCAAGGACAUGUUUAUGCUGGCAGGUUAACCAAGAUAAUUGCUACGUGAACUGUGUGUAUUGGGGUGAAUGAGCGUGCAUGCGCAUAUUUGUGUGUCAAUAUGAAUUUCCACUUUUAACUUUAUGCGAAACAAUCAUUUGAGCCAUUACUGAUGGUGUUUUCUGUGUGUACGUUCAGCAUUUUAGUACCUCUGUUGAUAUGUUCCUCAAUACUGUAUUGUGUGUGUGUGUGUGUGUGUGUGUGUGAGUGUGUAUGUGUGUAUUUCGUUAAGAAGAGAACUUUUCACUUUCUUCAUAUUUAAGCCAUGUCAGAUUUCUUCGGUCUGCCCCAUCAUCAACGUUUUCUUGCGUGUUUUGUAGGCUCAUGAAUUGAUAAGCUGUUUCAGGCGCUCCAGCUGCUGUGUAGUAUGCAUACAAAACAGUAUUGUUUAAGGAGGUUGCCAUACUACGUGAUAGAUGCCCACCUGAAUAUGGAGCAACCUACUUGACAAAGUGUUUUAUUUUUGUAGCAGAGUAAAGAUUUUUCCAAGUGCUUUUUUCCCCUUAAGUCACUUUGUACUAAAGAAUUAGUCGAAAUGUCACACAAAUGUGUGUUGAAUUGUCAGUGCAUUUAUUCUGACCCUUUAUACUGUUGUGGCACAUCUGAAAAAUACACUUUUGUAUUACAUUAAGACGUGGAAAUGGGUUGUCAUUUUAAUAUUCUGAAAAGAGAUUAUUUUGGAUUUACUAUUAACGUUGUCGACACAAUGUGGCUUUCACCAUUGAUGCAGAGUAAAUGUGUAGAAAACUGAAAAUAGGUUUGGUCUUUUGAAGGAAACCGAAUUCUGGCUCCUGAAUUGUUUCACUUAGGAUUCAGUUUUUUAUAUAUAUAUAUAUAAUGUUGUGUGUUACACUGUGGUUUUAUGGGGCCUGCCAGAAUAGAUGUUGUUUUUGUGAUAGACUUUAGGAAAUGCUGCAAACCUCAACCUCUUUAGUAGUUUCAUAACGUUUAAAAGUAGCUGCAAUAUUAUUUUUAGUUUAUUUCUUUCCUUCUUUUUCUACAACACUAGAGGGUGCUUUCAACCCCUGACACUUUUGAAGUCAAUGUGAAUUUUUAAAGUGGUAUUAAUUUGACUUUUUUCUUUUCAUUAGGAUUUUUUUGAAUUUAGAACAUUUUUGGUGUAGUAAAACAGUGAAUUUUACUAGAAUAAAGAAGUGUUAUAUUCUCAAAGCCAUAUAUGAAAGGUUGGAUAUAACAGCCUUUGUGUGGGUCGUGCUUUAAGGGACAGACAACGCACAACCAGCAAUAAAAAUUUGUGAGAAGGUGUUUUUUUUUUUUUUUUUUUUGUAAUAGAAAUCCACAUAUAAACAGAUAAUGUUUACUCAAGGCUCUCUACUCGGAGGUUUACAUGAAAUCCUGCUGUAUAGGCUAACUCUUUUUAAGUUAUUGAGGCAUUGCAAUUUUAGGGAGUUUUGGGUGACCUUUCACAAAUCUGUAAACAACUGUAAAUGUUUGGUUUGAGCGCUGCAAUAAAGGUUGGGACAACAAGAGUUA